AUGAAUAAAGAUAGAAAAGUAAAAAUGUGGCUGAGCAAGAAAAUAUUGUGCAUUGUUACUAGGGCAUUUGUGAAAAAUUUGGGGAUGGAGCCGCAAGCGCAAGGCAAAGAAAACCCACAUGAUGAUAUCCAAUCUCAUGACUUGAACUUUCUCCCAGGUGGGGGCUUGAGAUAUGGUGGGCUUGUGAUUGCGGCCCAACCUCUGCAUAAACAUCAUGCAUUUCUUCAAAAAUUCCAAUCUGCCACACUAGAAAUGCUCACUGCUGAUGAGUUAACCUGGUUUCUGGAUAUUUGGUAUCUCAUGAGAGUCCUGAUUGUAUUGGUUCUUCAAACUACAACUAAUGCAUAUGAAUAG